CUUCCUCUCCUCUAACCCCCUCCUCUCUCCCUUCUCCAUCGACACGGAAAGCCUCCCCCCUCUCCUCCUCCCCGAAAAGAAAAAAAAAAAACGACGAGGAGGAGGAGGAGAAAAAAAAAAUAAAUUAGGGCUUUCUCCUCGUGCUCCCUGCGAUUGCGCCGCCCCCGAUUCGCCCAAUCCAAUGCCGCGCGCCUCCAGGGCCCCGAAUCCCCCUCCCCCCGCCGCCGCCGCCGCGGAGAAUGUGAGUAGCGAUGCUGGCCAUGCUGAGCCAUCUUGCAGCACACCUGCUCAUCAUCAGGUUUUCCGCCCUGUUACUCGGUCUAUGACCCGUAAGCCUACUGCUGCUGCUGCUGCUUCAUCUGAUGUGAAGGGAGGAGAAUCUGCUAGUACAAGCAAGCGUAGAGAUUCUACAGACCCUUGCUUUAACACCCAAUCUGCUGCUGCAAGACCAUCUGUAACCCGUGUCCGCACCCCUCAUAAAGUGGCUUCAUCUGCUUGGAAGCCCCUUACCCAGCCUAUUGUUAUGAGUGAAGACCUGAAGCGGGCAAGCGUUCCUUCAACCAAUCCUUCUGCCAAGCGCUCCAGAGUUGCUUCGUCUCAAGCUGCUGAAGAUAGCCCAACUGUUCACAGAGGCAAAAAGAGAAAUGAAGAAAGCGCGAGCAAAGGUGAUCAGUUGGAUGGGGCAGUCAUCCCAUCUCCAUCAAAGAAGCUGCAAACGGGCAAGAGCCCUUCUGAUGUACUUCCAAAAAGGAAACCAACUAUCAGAAAUAAGGACGGUAAAUUAGCUGCUCCACUGUCUAUGGUUAAGUUGGAGACUGAAAGCGGAGAGAGUUCUGUCAUUGCUUCCUCAAAAAUUGGUCCUGCUACUACAAAUGACAAUUGUCAGUCAGCUGAACUUGCACAGCAGCUGCAGCUUGAUACAAAAAAUAAUUCCAAUGAUAUCAUUACAGAAGCUAUUGCCUAUGGAACAAACCAAGCUGAUCUGCUUGUUGCUCCAGUCACUACUGAUGCUAUUGCCAGCGGAUCAAGCCAAGUCAAUCUGUCGGCUUUUCCAGUCACUGCAGAAGCUAUACCCAACAGAACUCACCAAGUCAACCACUCAGCUGGUCCAUUAAAUAUAAAAGCUAUGAUCAACAGAACAAGCCUUGUUAAUAAACCAGUUGCUCCAGUCAAUGCCAAAGCUAUUGCCAACAGAGCACAGCAAGUUGCUGCACACAAUAAGUUGCCUUCUCCGGUCAUUGCAGCUCCCAGACAAAACUUGCAAGAUGAUCUUCAAAGGAAGCUUGCUAAGUUACUCAUUGCUAGGAAACAGCCCAGUGGCCAGGCUGGUGCAACUGCUCCAUUGGUCUCACCGAAACUAGAGAUCGGGAAAGCUAAGGGCUCGUCAUCCAAUGUUCUCUCAGAUCCUGCUUACGCGAACGUGAAGGCAUUGUUGAUCAAGCAGCAAGAACAGCUGCUGCAGCAAUUUAAAUCGGCAAAUUCACAACCGCAGGUCCACAUCAAAGGACCAGCUCUGACGGACAAGGAUGAGGCGCCACCAGUUGAGCCAUUGGGGACAAGGUGCCAGCUGUGCAAGCUCGAUAUAGCAUUCAGGCCUCAAGGUGACGAUGCUCGCGACAAUGCUCCUCCAGUCGCGGCCGUCCUGGGCUGCCACCAUGCAUUCCAUAGCAGCUGCAUUGAGGCCAUUUACGGCCUCGCUGAGCCUUCCCAGUGUAUUGGCUGCCUUGAUUCUGCCAAGGCCUGACGUUGCACUGAUCAACGAUCAGUAGCAGCAGCAUCGAUUUGUACCGGAUGAACCAUGAUAUAGGUUACAGGUUUUCGUUUUAGGAUACAAUGUAGGUUGGGAGGUUGAGGUCUCAACAAUAAUCUGUUGGUAGAAAUUUUCUGGGUCAAUUAUGGCUCAAGUCGGAGUUGGAUAGUCCCUUUUUCUUUACCUGACUGCUUUAGAUGAUGUAAUUAGCAAUCUCUGGGUCUUGAUAGUGAGAUGGAUCGUUUGACAUGUCCGUGUGCCUUGUUUUGUUGCCAUAGCAGGGGAUAAAACCGCUCUAUUGGUUGCCAGUCA